AAAAUUAAGGUGAGAGGAAAAAAGGGAAUAAAGCAAACAGAGAAAGAAAAACGCGUUUUUCUCGGCAGAACCCAGUUGAAUCUUUUUUCUCCAGUUUCCUCUUACCUCCUCCUUCCUUUCUCUUCACGGGAACCCCGAAAUUAGGGUUAAGGUUAGGGUUUUCCACCACGAAAAACCCUCUCUUUUACCUCCAGAACCAAACAGGAAAAAGAGGGUUUAGUGCUUCUCUUUGGUUUCCAAUAGGAAGACAAACCCUUUACAGAGGGUACUAAAGAAAAUGGCUUCUUUGCCUUCUUCAGUGAUCAAGUGGUACUUUUUUCAUAAUCCUAUGUCCCCUAGUCUCGUUUUCUCGCUGUUGUUGUUCUGUUGGGUCCUUUUCUUUGCUCAAAGCGGUACAGUCGUCGCCGAUACUGACAAAUCGGCGUUGCUUCAGUUCAAGGAAUCAGUGUCGGACCCGGAAGGGAUGCUCUCAAGUUGGCGUGCUGAAAGUUCUGAUCACUGCUCUUGGUCCGGUGUGUACUGUGAUUCCAGUUCCCGUGUUGUGUCCCUCAACAUUAGUGGACACGGCAGUGACAAAGGUAAGUUCAACGGAAGUCGAAACCAUUUUCUUUGUUCUGAUAUUGGGCAGUUUCCGCUUUAUGGGUUUGGUAUUAGGAGGAACUGUAGUCUUGGCAGUGGAAUUUUGGUAGGAAAACUGACGGCUGCGAUUGCUGAUCUCGCUGAACUUAGGGUUUUAUCACUUCCCUUUAACGGUUUUUAUGGUGAGAUUCCUAUUGAAAUCUGGGAAAUGGAAAAGCUUUUAGUUCUUGAUCUGGAGGCGAAUUUGAUAUCUGGCUUGUUGCCAGUUCGAUUUAUGGGGUUAAGGAACUUACGGGUUCUUAAUCUGGGUUUUAACAAGAUUUCUGGGCAGAUACCAGGGUCGCUUGCCAAUUGUUUGGAUUUGGAGAUUCUGAAUUUGGCUGGUAAUCAGAUUAAUGGAACGGUUCCUGGAUUUGUUGGUAGAUUCAAGGGUGUCUAUUUACUUUUUAAUUGGCUGAAAGGACCUUUACCUAGUGAUAUUGGAGAACAUUGUAGCAAGCUUGAGCAUUUAGAUCUAUCUGCUAAUUUGUUAACUGGCGGCAUUCCACGUAAUCUGGGGAAUUGUCGCAAACUGCGUUCGCUGUUGCUGUAUGCGAAUAUGUUGGAGGAAACAAUUCCAGCUGAUUUGGGUCAGCUCCAGAAUCUUGAAGUGUUGGACGUUUCAAGGAACAGCCUUAGUGGUCCGAUACCAACUGAACUUGGAAACUGUUCCGCAUUAAAUGUGCUUGUGCUUUCGAAUCUAUAUAACGUAUAUGAGGACCUUAAUGGUACACGUGGAGCGCCAUCCUCGGACUUGGACUUGGCUGCCACGAACGAUGACUUCAAUUUUUAUCAAGGCGGAAUUCCAGGAGAAAUCGCAAGACUUCCAAAUCUAAAGAUUCUGUGGGCUCCAAGGGCAACGCUUGAGGGCAGGUUGCCAAGUGAUUGGGGUUCUUGUGACAAUUUGGAGAUGGUCAAUUUGGGUCAGAAUUUUUUGACAGGAGAUAUCCCUGUUGGGCUUGGGCGCUGCAAGAAAUUGCGACUUCUUGACGUAAGCUCUAACCGACUUACAGGAAAACUCAUUCACGAACUUGGAGUGCCUUGUAUGAAUGUAUUUGAUGUCAGUGGGAAUGCUUUGUCUGGUUCAAUCCCCAGAUUUGACAACAGUGUCUGCCCUCCUAUUGUAUACUUCAGUGGAUAUUCCAUCGAAUCCUACAGUCCAUCGUCUGCAUAUCUAUCUUUUUUUGCCAAUAAAGCUCAAGUUGGAAGAUCCUUGCUCUUUUUGGGAGGAGAUGGAGGUCCUGCUGUCUUUCAUAAUUUUGGGGAUAACAACUUUACUGGCAGUCUCCAAUGGAUGCCAAUACCAUCUGAAAGACUAGGGAAGCACAUUUCUUAUGCAUUUUAUGCUGGAGAUAACAAACUUAGUGGAUCAUUCCUUGAGGAUUUCUUUGCCAAAUGCGGUGGAUUGGGUGGUGUAUAUGUGAAUGUUAGUUACAAUGUACUGUCUGGUCAGAUUCCGGUGGAAAUUGGUAAACUCUGUCAGUCUCUUAAACUUCUGGAUGCAUCAAUGAAUCACAUUGUUGGGCUUCUUCCCUCCAGUUUUGGGGAUUUGGUGUCUCUGGUUGCUCUUAAUUUGAGUGGGAAUGUGUUGCAAGACCAGAUUCCAACCAGUCUUGGGCAGGCAAAAAGUCUGAAGUAUCUCAGCUUGUCUGGUAAUAAUCUGACUGGGCCAAUUCCAACCAGCUUUGGGCAGUUGCAAUCUUUAGAAGUACUGGAGCUCUCUUCAAAUUCUCUAUCUGGUGAGAUUCCUGAUGAGCUUGUGAACUUGAAAAAUCUAACUGUUCUCUUGCUCAACAACAAUAAACUCUCCGGGCAGAUACCAUCUGGUUUGGCAAAUGUAACCACACUCUCAACAUUCAAUGUCUCAUUCAAUAACUUGUCUGGUUCACUACCGAAUGAUGAUCUGAUGAAAUGUAGUAGCAUUCUUGGAAACCCUUAUCUACGACCUUGCCAUGUGUUUUCCCUAACAGUUCCAUCUUCAGAUCCUCAGGGAAGAGUUGGAGACCCACAGAAUUAUGCUGCUUCCCCAUUAACCACUGCUGAAAGUGGGAAGGGUGGUUUCAAUUCAAUUGAAAUAGCAUCCAUAGCAUCUGCGUCGGCCAUAGUUUCAGUUCUUCUAGCUCUCAUUGUCUUAUUCUUCUACACCAGGAAGUGGAAUCCAAAAUCAAAGAUUAUGGGCACUGUAAAGAAAGAAGUGACAGUUUUCACAGAUAUUGGGGUUGCAUUGACAUAUGAUAAUGUUGUGCGAGCGACGGGAAACUUCAAUGCCAGCAACUGCAUUGGAAAUGGGGGAUUUGGGGCAACAUACAAGGCAGAGAUCUCACCUGGUGUUUUAGUGGCAAUAAAACGACUUUCAAUUGGGCGGUUUCAGGGUGUUCAACAAUUCCAUGCUGAAAUCAAGACCCUUGGGAGGCUCCGCCAUCCAAAUUUGGUCACUCUUAUUGGUUAUCAUGCCAGUGAAGCUGAGAUGUUUCUAAUAUAUAAUUAUUUGCCAGGGGGUAACUUGGAAAAUUUUAUCCAAGAAAGGUCCACGAGGGCUAUAGAUUGGAGAAUUCUUCACAAGAUUGCCUUGGACAUAGCUCGGGCACUUGCUUACCUCCAUGACCAGUGUGUACCACGGGUCCUCCAUCGUGAUGUCAAGCCAAGCAAUAUUCUGUUGGAUGAUGAUUAUAAUGCUUAUUUAUCAGACUUUGGUCUGGCCAGACUACUGGGAACGUCAGAAACUCAUGCUACGACAGGUGUGGCUGGAACUUUUGGGUAUGUUGCUCCAGAAUAUGCAAUGACAUGCCGUGUCUCUGAUAAAGCGGAUGUUUACAGCUAUGGGGUGGUGCUACUUGAGUUGCUUUCAGACAAGAAAGCCCUGGAUCCCUCAUUUUCUUCAUAUGGAAAUGGGUUCAACAUUGUGCAGUGGGCAUGCAUGCUCCUAAGACAGGGACGGGCAAAGGAAUUCUUUACAGCAGGAUUAUGGGAUGCAGGUCCUCAUGAUGACCUUGUUGAAGUACUACAUUUGGCCGUUGUAUGUACCGUGGAUUCCCUAUCGACAAGGCCUACUAUGAAACAAGUUGUUAGACGGCUGAAGCAACUUCAACCUCCUUCAUUGAUAAAACAGGUCACUAACUCCAAAGGAGCAUGCAGUUGGAGAGGUUCUUAUUGAGAUACUUUGCUAAAGCGAUAGAUGCAGAUACUGUUGUUCUCGUGGCAGUGUGACCUCCAGAGGGGAAGAUCGAGAUGCCAUGGAAGCUGCUGUAAUCGGGAUAUUAACUUCUUAGUA